AUGCCGCCGCGCACGGAAGAUGAACCGGUGCAGCAGCCGUACCACGACGAUGCGGAUUCCGAACGAGAGGACUCGGACGACGAGGACGACGUCGGAGAGGGAUCUCCUGUGCUGAGAACCCUCGACGGCGCAGGGCCGGAAACCGAGGCCGCUGAUGCCCAGACGCUCGUUAGCCCGGGACAUCCGGAGCAGCAACCUCUCAUCAAGCCGCCUGAGAAGCCCAAGCCGGUGGCAUGGCGCGAUCUGCCGCAGAAACAGCAGUUGCUGGUCAUCACGCUCACGAGGUUGAGCGAGCCGCUUGUGCAGACUUCAUUACAGUCUUACAUGUUCUACCAACUGAAGUGGUUUGACCCGACCCUCCCGGACUCAGUCAUCUCAAGCCAGGCUGGCAUCCUCCACGCCUCAUUCACAGCAGCGCAGUUCAUCACGGCCAUGGUCUGGGGCCGUCUCGCAGACUCCAAACGCUUCGGCCGCAAGACAGUGCUCAUGAUCGGUCUGAUAGGAACAUGUCUCUCGUGCAUCGGGUUCGGCUUCUCUCAGAGCUUCACACAGGCGCUCAUCUUCCGCUGCAUCGGCGGCGCGACGAACGGCAACGUCGGCGUUCUCAGGACGAUGAUCAGCGAGAUCGUCCGCGAGAAGAAGUACCAGGCCCGCGCCUUCAUCUUGCUUCCCAUGACUUUCAACAUCGGCGUCAUCAUCGGUCCCAUCCUCGGCGGCAUACUCUCCUCCCCUGCCGAGAGCUACCCCUCUCUCUUCGGAGACGUGGAGUUCUUCAAGAAGUACCCCUACGCCACGCCGAACAUUCUCAGCGCCGUCUUCCUAUCAUGCGCCGCUCUCUCCGUCUGGCUAUGCCUCGACGAAACCCUCGAUGCGCUCCGCGAAGAAGGCCCAGACCUGGGCACCAGGAUCGGGUCGAGCAUCGCGGGCCUCAUCCGCAGGGUAUGGGCCCGGAUCCGCUACGGCCGCCGCCCCGGGAUCCGCCUCGACGACGCCGCCUACGCCCAGCUCCACUCCAGCUCCGCGAGCAGCACCGACGUCGAGAUGUCGCCCGAGAGCGCCCCGCAACCCAAGCCCAAGCCCCGGUACCGCCAGCGCCUGCCCUUCCGCCGCAUCUUCACCCGCAACGUCGUCAUGACCUUCUCCGCCCACUUCCUCCUGGCCUUCCACGUCGGCACCUUCAACUCCCUCUGGUUCGUCUUCCUCUCCACCCCGACCUCCACCCGGGACCCCCACCUCCCCUUCCGCUUCACCGGCGGCCUCGGCAUGCCCCCCAAGUCCGUCGGCAUGGCCAUGGCCAUCCUCGGCGUCAUCGGCAUCACCCUCCAGCUCUUCGUCUACCCGCGCCUCUCCGCGCACCUCGGCACCGUCAAGGCGUGGAGGCUCUUCCUCUACUUCUUCCCGGUGACCUACUUCCUCGUCCCUUACCUCGCCGUCGUCCCGACCACCGAGUCCGCGCCGCCGCCGGGGCCGAAGGGCGGGCCGGCCAUCUGGUUCGCCAUCGUCGGCGUCCUGCUCUUCCAGGUCCUGGGCCGCACGUUCGCGCUGCCGGGCCAGACGAUCCUCAUCAACAACUGCACGCCGCACCCCAGCGUGCUGGGCACGAUCCACGGGCUGGGGCAGAGCGUGAGCAGCGCCGCGCGCACGAUCGGGCCGGUGCUGUGCGGGUAUCUGUACGGUCAGGGGCUCGCGAACGGGGUCGUGGGUGCGGUGUGGUGGGGGCUGGCGGGCGUUGCGGUGCUGGGGGUGUUGGCGAGUUGGGUCGUUUGGGAGGGUGAUGGGCAUGAGAUUAUUUUGGAUGGGGAUGAAGAGGAGGAGGUGGUGAGGUAA